CGGACUUAGGGAGCGAGGGAGUUGAACGUCUUCCAGAUCAUUCCUUCAUUGACAGCCUUGCACACCUACACAAGUUCAAGCGUACACUUCUACAGUCAAUUCCAUUCUCAACUAAAAUAUACACAGUAUUAUGACGUGGAACAUCGAUCAGCCUCGGUGAGACCAUGGUGUGUUUGGAGAUGUCUAUACCCAAGUCAUUCGCGGCUGGACGCUGACCGAUACCUCUCUGCCUAAUCUCUCACGUCUCACACGUCUGCCUACCAGGAAUACUUAAAUAAACGCUCUUCGUGUACAACUUCCCCCCAAGGAAUCAUGGAGAGCCUGCCUGAAGAGAUCUUGGUUGAUGUUCUCGACUAUCUCGACCCGAACGACCUCAUCUGCGCUCAAAAGACAUCUUCUGCCCUAUCGAGAUCAGCACGUGCCAACCGUCUCUGGAGGAAUAAGUGCUUUGAGAAAUCUCCUAGUGCUUCUAUGAGAACUGGGGCUGGUACAUUAAAUGGUCUGACUAGUGCUUUGCAAGGUCUGACAUUAUCAGAACGACCUGCUCGACCUCCAGCUAUAGAGCCUCGCCUCUAUGAUGCCGAUGAAUGGAUCCGGGAGAGUCCGAGAGCCCAAGCCGUCAAUAGAUGGGAUCUAUCUGCCCAGGAUGAGAGAGUUGACUGGUACUCGGAGUACAAGGGCAGAUAUGCACCACUCAGUGCACACUGGGUCGCGGACCAAACCAGGGAGCAACUUGAGAUCAAAGGCAUCGCAACCCUCAGUAGCUUUGAUCAAGCGGUCGGCUUCUUGGAGGAUGCCAGCAUAUGUAUUUGGGACCUCAGUCAAGGGCCUUCUGGAAAGAGAAAAUUCAAAGAGUUGGGACGUAGCAAGCCCUCUGUGCUUUUCACGGAUGGCGUCACCCCAGCCGAGUCUCUCGUCGUCGACUGCGUAAGCACUUUCCCGUCACAACAAAAGGCAUUCAUCGCUAUUGGGAACACCUUGAACGAAGUCGACCUCAACACGCUGCGAGUCGUCUCACACUCGAAAUACGCUUACCCGAUCACGGCGUUAUCUCAGUCUACCCCUCUCGACCUGCCACUGACGGUCGGCACUCAAUGGAGUCUGCACAUUCUUGAUCCCAGGCUCUCCAUCACAUCGACGUCGAAAGCUACCCACGAACGUGUUGAAGAAAUUCCUGCCAUCUCCGGGAAGUCGACUGCUAUCCUUCCCGAUUUCUCCCAACCCUCAAUCUUUUCACGCUCGUCGAACUUCGGGCCUUCGGCACCUUUUCUAGAGGACAAUAACCCCCCUGCUUGGACUCCUAGAGUAUCCAAUCUGCUACCAUCGCAUCGACGCCAAAACCCUCACUGGAUGGCUUAUGCUAGAGUAGAGCCAGGCCCGCUGUCAAUCCUCCAUUAUGCCGACAAUGAAAUACUGUUGGCUGGCAGGUACCCCAGCAUACUAUCCUAUGAUCGUCGAUACUUCCCCCGUCUCCAGUACGUCAUUCAUUCAGGAGGCAGUCUUUCAGCUCUCGCCACUAUACCACAUCCACCAGCACGGGCCUCAGCAAGCGUUUCCAGCAGCUCGACCCUAGUUGCCGCUGGAGAAUAUAGAGGCCGUGGCUCACUGGAAUUAUACUCUUUGCCUCACGUCAAACCGGGACACAGUCAGCCUAGCCAGGAACCUCUCAUAAGCGACACAUCAGAUGAAGAUAUCUUGGACUCCAUGGGCAAUCCUAGCGCCAGUUCCGAUGGCACACUUUUCAGCUACAAAAACAGACAAGAAGCCGCUAGCUCCAAAAUCCUCUCCGUGGCUUCACACGGAACAAAGAUCGUCUUCUCGGACUCGGAAGGAGGCCUGAAAUGGGUCGAACGCGACGGUCGCAGCCUUGUUCGGAAAUGGAACAUCAACGGCUUUGAAGUCAACCAUGGCGGUGCCUCUGUCCAUGGCGACCAAGUUGCGCGGAAAAUCGUCCCCCUUGAUGUGCCAAACUCGGCACACGGUCAGCGUGGUGAUGCAGAUUUGCUGAUUUGGACAGGCGAGAAAGUUGGGAUUGUUACCACGAACCCACAAUUUGCUGACCACGAAGAGUUGGUCAAGGAGCUUGAGCAAGACGAAAACGCUAGCGCCCGAGAAGAGCAAGAGAAGGCCGAGGAGUAUUCCAAGACGAUGAGGAUGGCAUUGGAGCGCCAAGCGGACGAGAGGCGGUGGAUGAGCCAGUUCCGCCUUAAAAGGGGAUAUUUCUAGAUAUGCAACUUCUAACUUAGAUUCGGGACAGGAGGUUUGUGUGGGUGCCGAGAAAGCCUGAAGCUUGAAACUCAAGGCGGCUGCGGAAGACAUACCUAGGUUAGACAGAUCUCUCGGAUAGCUAUGUAGACCGACUUAGAAUGGGACGACGGUGACCGACCUUGAGAUUGUCAGCUCUAGUCGAUACGGAUACUGGCCUUGACAUUGGCC